AUGUUUUUGAUUUUAAUGACCUCUCCCCUAGGAGUAAUAUCUGACAUACGCGACAAUGUCGCCCGAGGCACGUUCUCAUUGACCCCGACGACCCCACAACGGCAGCUUCAAUUGCUCUGUAAACUGUCUGAUAUAGUUGCUCUACAAGAGACAUGGUUACUGCCCAGUGAUUUGUUAUAUUUAAGCAGCAUUGAUGAUGAGUUUACCUCCACUGGGACGUCGGCAGUGGAUACGACGGCGGGGAUGCUACGCGGGCGACCACACGGUGGAGUCGCGAUUCUCUGGCGGCACAGUGUAUUUCCCCAUGUCGUAAUAGUGCCAUGUGAUAACCCGCGUAUAAGUGCGAUAAAACUAUUGUUAAGUGAGCGGUCAGUCUUAGUGAUAAGUUUGUAUAUGCCUAUAUGUGAUGAACAAGAAUGGACUUGUAUAGAUGUAGAUAUGUUAAAAAAUGUAUCUAACUGUUUUACUUUUGUGAGUGAGGCUCACGGGUCACAGAGAUGGUUAGAUCACUGUGUAGUAUCUAAAGCGGCCGUGGCCUCUAUGUGCUGUCUGUGCAUCACAGGGCCGGCCGGCAGACCACUGGGUGGGGGCAAAAAAUUGCACCCCGCCCAAGAGGAAGGGGUGGAGGCGGCCAGCCACUCAGGCAUCAGGCCGGAGCAGCGGACCACAGGAGGGGAUGGACACCAGCUCCCCUCCUAG